AUGUUCUUCAUCCCCUUUGUCCUCUUGCUCGCAGCAGCCUGGGCCAUCCUCGGCGUCCUCCUCGCAAAAUGGCUCAAACAAGCAGGCUACGCGCGCCCAUUCCGAGGACGAGAAUACUCAGAUACAGACUUAUACGGGUCCGGGGUAGGAGUAGGCAGUCAAAGAGGGAUACCAGAUUUCGGUCAAGGUCACUUAAAGGGCGUUUAG